UGCCCCGACCUCACUUCCGGUACCUGUCACCCUGCCGCCCAGAGUCAGUCAGGCGCAGGAUCGGGGUAUUGCCGCCCUCCUCCUCCUCCUCAGCCUCCUUCUCCUCCUCCUCCGGCCCCUCGCCCAUCCCCGCUCCGCCGGGCUGGCAGCGCUGGCCGGCCGGCUGCCUCCGCCGCUGCUGACGUCCCGGGCUGGUGGCGGUUGGCAGGCGUUGUGUGGCGCCCGUGUGCCCAGAGCCGGGGCGCCCCGACGGUGGAUCACGGCCGGGGACGCGGCGGUGCUGGCCCUGCCCGGCCCGGCCCUGCCGCCCUCGGCGAAACUCCGGCGGUGGCAAAGGCGAGGAGGAGUUAGCUGGCCAGGGGAGAUGCUUUAGUUGUUCCUGCUGCUGGGCUCGGGCUUGGCGCCGGCUGCCCGCCGUGAGGGGACCGCGGUGAGCGGUAGCCCCGGGGUCCGAGGGGCUAAAGGACGAGCAAGAGCCGGCCCCGGCGGAGGCUGGCGUUUGUAGGAAUGUCAGCAGCUUUGUAUUAAUGAAGCACCACUUGUUAUCAUCAAUGUGCACAGGAAAUGGAAAGGGAACUCAUUCUGGAAAAAAACCUGUUUCAGCCUUGCAAGAUGCUUCAUCAAGUGAUCCUUCCUUAGUUAAAACAAGUGGGGAGGAGAAGUGGGGUGACAAGCAGGAAAGAAAGGUGAUGCUGUUGUUAAUACAGGGCUGUUAACCUGUGUCAUAAGACCUAUCAAACAAAUCUGAAAGAGAUGAGAACAGAGGACCAAAUCAACAUAUCUAAAGCUGUUAGAUAAGCGUAAAGAAGUUUGAGUGACUGCUCUAUUUGAUCAAAAUGGUGGACACUGAAAACCAGCUCUAUCCCCUUACUCCCUUGGAGGAGGAUGAUAUAGGCAGCCCUUUAUCUGGAGAGUUCCUACAAGGUAUGGAGAACAUUCAAGACCUCUCUCAAUCUCUAGGUGAUGACAGCUCUGGAGCUUUAAGUUUAACAGAGUUCCAGUCACUUGGAAAUGGUCCAGGAUCUGAUGGAUCAGUUAUUACAGACACCCUUUCACCAGCAUCCAGUCCUUCAUCCAUUAAUUUUGCCACAGCUCCAGGUAGCAUAGAUGAAUCACCCAGUGGAGCAUUAAACAUUGAAUGUAGAAUUUGUGGGGAUAAAGCCUCAGGCUACCAUUACGGAGUACAUGCUUGUGAAGGUUGUAAGGGUUUUUUUAGAAGAACAAUUCGAUUAAAACUCAUCUAUGAUAAAUGCGAUCGCAACUGCAAAAUUCAGAAAAAAAAUCGUAAUAAGUGCCAAUACUGUCGUUUCCAAAAGUGCCUUUCGGUUGGAAUGUCACAUAAUGCAAUACGUUUUGGACGAAUGCCAAGGUCUGAGAAAGCCAAGUUGAAAGCAGAAAUUCUAACAGGUGAAAAUUAUGUCGAAGAUUCAGAAAUGGCAGAUCUUAAAUCACUUGCCAAAAGAAUUCAUGAUGCUUACCUGAAAAACUUCAAUAUGAACAAGGUUAAAGCCAGAAUCAUCCUUGCAGGGAAAACUAAUAACAAUCCACCAUUUGUUAUACAUGAUAUGGAUACCUUGUGUAUGGCAGAGAAGACCCUCGUGGCAAAAUUGGUAGCCAAUGGAAUUCAGAACAAGGAAGCGGAAGUUCGAAUCUUCCACUGCUGCCAGUGUACGUCUGUAGAGACUGUCACAGAACUUACUGAAUUUGCCAAAUCUAUCCCUGGCUUCUCCAGUCUUGACUUGAAUGAUCAAGUGACGCUGUUAAAAUAUGGAGUUCAUGAAGCCAUAUUUGCCAUGUUAGCAUCUGUGAUGAACAAGGAUGGGAUGCUGGUAGCCUAUGGAAAUGGUUUUAUAACCCGGGAGUUCCUGAAAAGCCUGAGAAAGCCAUUCUGUGAUAUAAUGGAGCCAAAAUUUGAUUUUGCAAUGAAAUUUAAUGCACUAGAAUUGGAUGACAGUGAUAUAUCCCUUUUUGUUGCUGCCAUCAUUUGCUGUGGAGAUCGUCCUGGUCUUGUAAACGUAGGAUACAUUGAAAAAAUGCAGGAGAGCAUUGUGCAUGUACUGAAACUUCACUUGCAAACCAACCAUCCUGAUGAUAUCUUCCUCUUCCCGAAACUUCUCCAAAAAAUGGCUGACCUCCGACAACUUGUCACAGAGCACGCCCAACUGGUUCAGAUAAUUAAGAAGACUGAAUCUGAUGCACAUUUACACCCUUUACUACAGGAAAUCUACAGGGAUAUGUAUUAAGGAUUUUUAGUAUUUUUUUCCACAAUAUUUAAAGACAAGAGCAAUACUAAUAACAGAUGGGAGCAAAACUACUUGCACAGUUAUCUGCUGUUCACUCAGCCAGGAGCAUGAAAAAUCUAAAAACUGGGUAACUGGAGUGUUACACUUCUUUUGGUUUGGGAUCUUUUGUCGUCUUUUGAAAGAGUUCUGCAGAAAAAUGCUGAUCGUAGUGCUCAUGAAGUGUCUUACAAUGGUUCUUUUAUUGGGGAAUUUGCAGAUUGGUAAGGAGUACAUAUUUGUGUAAUAAAUCAGAAUGUUAAGUAACAGAAAUGAACAAAAUUGUAUUUCCUCUUGGCAUAGUCAGUUUAGAAUUAAUAUAACAGAUUCAGCAGAUUCUCUCCAGGUAUAUGCACGAUCAUAAAGAUUAUGCACUUUUGGCUAACGGUAAUUUCUGAGAACCAACUAACACUUUUUCUUAAAGCAGUCAGUUUAGGUGUAUCAAAUGGUUGGAUAUUACUGUACAUACACUUCUAAAAAAUUUGAAAGACCUUUGAUCCGCUGCUGCUUUAAUUCCAUGAAUUGCAGUACAGCUUCGUAGAGUAUUACAUUGGUGUACCUGAGGAUUAGCGUGUUUAAAAGAUGGUUCUUUUAUGAAAUGAAAUAAAAUCUGAAGAGUUAUCUAAAAUACAGCAGAGAUGCUCCAUUCAGGUGUUUCUUGAAGAGUAAAUGUGCUAUAACGAUGGAACCCUUUUUUCAAAAGUGCUUUGAGGAAAUACGACAAUGAGGAAAAAAUGUAUCAUACCAUGUGUUUUUUGGAGAAGUUGUAAUAGCUCAAGAUGCAGUUUUGCCUUAAAAGUACUAUUUUGAAUUAGCAAGAGCUUUGGAGAGACUGAAAAAUCUGAUCCUAGCCCAGAAAAAAGAAUUUCAACUGCACAGCAUUCUAGCGCAGUGAGAGCUUAUUCUGAAGAAAUGAUUGUAUAGGAAAGGCACCUUCUUCCUUGACAAGUAUCUUGGCGGUAUAGAGUUGUUUGGACCUGUUUACUUUUCUGACGAAUACACUGUUUCAUUUUUUCCAGUUACCCAUUGGGAUAUAUUUCUUUCUAUUCCUUUUUAGGCCUUCUCCACAGAAAUAUUAGCUAGAUUAUUUCAUCAAAUUUUGUCGUUGUCCACACAGCCAUAGUGGAUAAGGUGACAGUAUUACCAAGAACAGCAUUUGUAGGUGUCCGUUGUGUAAUAUUAUGAAAGAGAGCACAGUUAAAAGUUUAUUGUGUUCCUGAGAGCAAGCUCUGAUUUUACAGUAGUACUUACUACUGAUGCAAAAUAAGCCAUAACAAAACUGGUUGACUUUGCCAUUUUACAGGAUCUUUUAUCAGAGUACUACACAGAAGUGCUAGUUGCAUGCAAAACUUUGUGCUGUUUCUUUCUUUUCAAUUGGUUUUUUUUUUUUUUAAUAUGGUAAAUUCACGUUAUUAUUUCCUUAUUUUACUAUUUGUUUCAUAACGCACAGAUCUCAGGAGCCAAUCUUAGCAUUUUCACAAUAGUUAAGCUUCCAGUGGCACAGGAGGACACUUUGUACUUGUUUGGUUGCAGCACGUUUGAAGACUUCAGAAUCUUAAACCUUCACUGGAAGAAUUCAGUAAGAUCGAUAAAGUGAGAACAUGACACUGUGAUUCUUAUUUUAGUCACAACGUUUGUUUCUUUACUGGCCCGCUGGCGUGGCUAGACAGCGGAGAAAUUACAGGUUUAAAAGCAAUUUGGUAUUUAUCCAGGCAAGGGUCAUUAGCAGAGGUUUUAGUGUCGGAUAUAUUUAGUGUAAGAUAUUGAAGCACGGGCCUCAAAUUUGGUGACCAGCUGAGGCAGGAUAGAAACAAUAAAUGCAUGUGCACAAAGCUCGCUCCCCUUCCCUGUCACCAGUCGGCAACAAGAAGAAUAGGCCACGCAUUGCAGCCACUUCUAACACUUCAUUAAGAGAUUAUUGGCCUCACCAGGAAACAGCAGAUGAGAAAUAGGUUGUCUUUCGUGUCUUACAGCACUACCUAGUAUGCCCCCAGACACAACAUGAGGAUUUUUAGCAAGGACACUGCUUUCUUCUUCAAGUCAGCCAUGUUUCACGAAGGAACUGCAUAAGACAUUUAGCGUUGAAAUAAUUGAUAGGCUCACUCCAAAAAAUUUGUCAAAAUAUCAGCCAUUCUGUGAUGGGCCAACUGUUUGAUCUUCUAAAAGUUGUUUUCUCGUUUGGUUCCCCCCCCCCCCAAAUCUCAGAUUUAUGCAAAGGGCAAAUUUCAGAGUUGUGUUCCAUAGUUUGGAUGUACUGAAGUUUCUCAGGACAAUCAGACACAGUCAGUGUGGACAAAAAAGUAUUUUUCCUGUUCUUGUUCUCAAAAGUGGUUAAAACACUUUACUGAAACUUUAAAAAAAGACCAUGGAAAAUCUAAUGAUAAAUACUUAAAUUCUCAGCAAAACUGUAAAGAAAUGAAAACAGCAUUAAUCAGUGGAAGGCAUAAUGUUUAGCUAUAUUAGCAGCUGCUUUUAACAGAUUCCUAUUAUCAACUUUAGGAAAGUGUGGAAUUUGCAUUUUUCCUGUUCCCGAUCCGUUUUGUUUCGUUAUUUGAAAACCCGCAUUUUUUUUUUUACUAGUUCCUUAGACAUGAAGGUUUUGAUUUCUGUUUUAAAUUAAAUUGCAGACCUUUAAUGAGGAAAAAAAAAAUAAAUGGAAAGAACGCAUCUCUGAAUUACAGAAAUAGGAACAAGAUGUUAACAUAGCCUAAAAUUCUGGAUCGGUUCCACUGCUGCACCGUGCACGUGCCCACAGCCUCGUCAAAGAACGACACAGGGCAGAGAACUCACUUCCGCAGUGCUAAUGGGCAAAAGACGUUUUUAAUUUCUACAGUAUGCUUUUAGCGAAGUACUUCAGCUACUUCAGUAGAUGACUACAGCAGGCUUUUGCCAAUUAGAUUUCAAAAUGACUCAGUUUGUGUUAGGGGUUUGGUCUUUUUUAAGUUUGCAAUCUGAACUAGUUUGAGAAAUAUUACUGAGGAGCCUUCAGCAUCUCCACCUUGCACAGAUCAUCUAAUGUUUUAAAAUACCCCUUCCAUGGAGGGAAAUAAAGUGGUCAGAUUUUAGGAUUAAAAAAAUCAUUAAAUAUGUACUGGCUUGUCAGGUAUAGUUUUGAACUGAUUCUUGUCAACAUAACUUAUUUUACUAUCAUAGUGCUGAAUAACUUUGGUUGGCAACCAGGUACCCACAAACAGCUUAAAACAGGAGACAACAGAGGGAUAGAGAAAACUCCUAGGAAACACCGGUAUGACUUAAAUUUUCAACAAACCUGCAGCUUACUUAUUUUUGAGGGUUGUUUGGGGCUUUUUAAUUUAUUUAUUGGGGUGCCCUAGGUACUUUGAUAAAGGAGAAGAAUGGAGGAAAAAAAAAAAGGAAGGUUUUGUGUCAAACAUUAGGGAAAACUGAUGUUCACUUUUAUCUCCUUCUUAAAUAUUUUCUUUAAAGGUGUACUGUCUUUAGUGUAACAGCACACAAUUGCCAUUUUAAAAAAAUCAGUUACUUUUUAACCUUUUUAAAUUUCAGAGUCCCACUUUUAUUCGAAACACAAACUGACAGACAAUACAUAGGAAUGUCUUUCACUUACAGAAAUUGAAUCUUUCUUUGCGUUUAAAGAAAUCUUUUUUUAACUUAACUGCCAUUUCCAUGUGCCCUUGUGCAUUGGUUCUAGCCAGCUGCUAGAAAGCCGAAGUGUUGCCAAAGAGCGUAUUUUUGCAUUAUUUCUGGCCCGCACAGAUUUAGGAAAUACCAGCAGUUGCACUAAGUCUGUUCUCAUGAGAGAGCUAGCACAAGUUUGCAAAUCAAAGAGCUUAUAAUAAGCAUCUAAACAUUUGUUUGUUUAUUCAAACUGCUAAAACUUGGGGAGAUUUAUUCAUCACGAGAGCUGGGUCACAUACUGUUAAAUUUGAAUUUCCUCCCGAUGUAUAAUGGAAAGCCAGGACGACUCCUGCACCAUCUCAGACAAAGCAGUGGGAGAAGAUUACCCUGUAGCUGCCUGUACUGUGUCUGAAGAGAAACAAUUUCAGCUCUGUCUCUCCGUAAAAGCAUCCCCGUUAACUUAGUUGAAAAUCUGCAGCUGCAUUUAACAAAUGCAUUUGCAGCUCUUGGGAUAUUGCUCGAGCAUAAGGUCUUACAAAUGACGGUCCUUCCCUGAAAACCUUAAUCUUUUAGGAAAUGUUGAAAUGUAAGGUGUAGUGUGGUAUCUGGUGCUCGCUCCUCUCUCAAGUGCUUUCUUGAUAAUCAGUUGCAUAUAAUUUUUUUUAUCUGGGUGUAAUCAGCUUUAUUAUCCUUCUUUUACUAGAGAUUUAAAUUAUAUGGGGGUUUGAUCUAAGAUUAUGGAUAUUGUUAUGUAUUGUGGGAUUUUUUUUUUUUUAAUUUAAUGUAAUACCAUUUCUUCAUGUUUCAAUUUGUAAAAUACAAGAAUAUAAUUGCAAGGUAUACGCUUUCACUAAAUUAUAUUACAGAGGUGCUUUAAGAAAAAUAUGUAAAUUAUUUAAUUUAAAUAUUUGUUUCGUACUUUAUCUUGUGAACCCUUUUGUACAGUGUGGAAAGAUUUACUUUUAUGGGGUAAGGAUGAUGGGCCUGAAGUCAAAGACAAACUGCUAUUUAUUCCUGUCUGGCCUUUAUUAUUGUAUCAUUUGUGAAGAAGUAUCACAAAUUCUGCAACUUGUCAGUGUUUGGUAUUGACAAUUGUAACACAAUUUUAAAAUAUAUUUUCACAGAGAACAUAGACUUCCUUUUAUUUCAUUUUAAUAAAAGUAAGUCUAGGUGAGGAAGAGCUGUAAUCCCAAAAUCAAGUUAAUAUUUCUAACGUUUUAACUCAAAUUCUCCCAACAUGAAAGAUGGUUUAUAGAACUAAGUAAGUUCUUCUUUGCUUUACAGCAUGGUAGUUAGGUUUUCCUUAAAAGUCUGAACAGAGAGCUAAAAAGAGAUACAUUCUCGUGGUACUCUGAUAUUUCCUGAGGAACUGACUUGUGGCUUCCUAGGAAUAACAAUGUGUAUUCAGGAUUAUUUCCCGCUGCCUGCACUGAGGUUAAUCUGCAGUUUUUAAAGACUUAUUUUAAAAUAUAUAAUUUGGCAGUGCAAAACAAAAUGUUGAAAUGCCAUUACUGCCUUUUCUGUAGGAGUGUUCCCUUUAUGAUUUUAAGUAGAGAUGAAUUCGGAAUCUGUUCAUAGGGAUUCUGCGUCCUUUGAUUCAGGUGUGACAAUCUGUGCCUCCAGCAUUCCUGCUAACGAAUCUUGAUAUAGGAACUAAGGUGAAUUGCCUUUUUAAAAGUGUACCUUUUAUUUUGCUGCAGUCAAAACAUAGCAUCUAGUACAAGUGUGGUACAUUACAAAUGUUCCAGCAGUGAUUUAUACUUGCCCCACUUUAUUUGUGAUAAAAGUUUAGUUCCCCAAAUUGCUGCAAAUUGAAAUUUUCACUUGAUCGGUGUCACCAUACAGGUGUACUGUCUACUAAGAUUUUGUGUCAUAUUUGUAAAACCUCUGGUAACCUACAGCUACUUUUUUUCUCAAUUUCAUAGGCAGCAAUGAAAGGUCCCUGUGAGAGGUACUAGCAGAUACGCCACUUUACACUGUAAACAUGUGAUACAAAUUCAUUGUUAACUAAACCCAACCUAGGGCAAGGGUAUUUCCUCUUUUGUGUUAUGUGCUUACAGAUUUUUUUUAAAGUAUUUUUCGGCUUCUGAAGCUGUUUCAGGUGUUGGUUUGGGUUGUUUGUUUGUUUUUUUUCUUGAACGCCUUUAUUGCGUUAGUCGAUCUUGUCCGAUUCCAUUGCAAGGAUGUUUCAAAACAGAAUUCCUAUUGCAAGGACCUCAAUUGCAGAUGAGUUGCCUCUGCCCAGGGGAUAGGCUGCGUGCACAAAAGAGAUUAAGCUGAUUACAGGCUGGGCCUUAAAUAAGGACUGCAAGAUGGGGCAUAAGGUACUUAAGGUUGGGUUUGAGUAUUUUGAUAUGUUUUCUCAGGUUGGAUACGCAGGUACAGUAAUCCCUACUGGGGAGAAGACACCAGCCUUAUGAUCAAUGCAAGAAGUUUCAUGGCAUUCUUUACACUUGAAAGAAUAAAAUAAUGGUGGUAUGGGAAAAAUCCUGACCAACCGAAAUAUUGGCAACGUGCAAGUACUGCAUUCUGCUCCUACUGCGUAGGAGUGCAGUAUAAUCAUUCGGAAUCUGUUUGUGACGUGCACCAGGCACUCAGGUGGCUAGCAAAUCUUCUGGUGGAUGAUUUGUGUGCAAGUGACCACGUAGAGUGCUGUUCCAAUCCACCCUUGGUUACCUCUGGUACAUUUGGAUCCUCCAGGUGCAUCCUCCAGGCCUUCACGGAGACGCAGAGACACAGCGCCUGUUGCCCUCCUGUUAGUAACGGGGCUGUUGGCGGUGCCCUGUGCGUGUGGAGGCAGGUACCUGGGGCGCUCACUAGCAGCGCCCAGUUCAGCAGAGGGUGACUGAGCGGACUCCUGGGGUUGUCCUGCUGGUGGCAAUUGGGCAGGUAGCGGGAGGGAGCUGCUCCUGAGCAAAGCGUUCAUCCCUCUCCCCUGGGAAAUGGAUCCCGUGGCAUAGGUGGAUAUAAUAAAUUCUUUACUGUGAGGGUGGUGAGGCACUGGAACAGGUUGCCAGGGAAGCUGUGGAUGCCCCAUCCCUGGAGGUGUUCAAGGCCAGGCUGGAUGGGGCUUUGAGCAACCUGGUCUAGUGGGAGGUGUCCCUGCCCAUGGCAGGGGGGUGGAACUAGAUGGUCUUUAAGGUCCCUUCCAACCCGAACCAUUCUGUGAUUUGAUGUGAAGCCACGGCUCCAUCUCCGUAGCCAAAAAUACUUUCCUCUGGUUUCAGGAGUGGAAGAACAUUUAUGGCUUUAGUUAUUUCUUUAGUAAUAACAAAUCUAAUCCAGGUUUUAAUAUGACGGAUUUUAACAGGAACACCCCUCUUAACUGUUUGACAAAGUCUCUUUUAUCAGCUUUUCGGACGGGCUGCGUUUCAUAUUGCUCCUGCUAUUUCACAGCUUUUACAAACAAUCGCUCUGGAUUUUCUUUAGGAAUGUAACACAACAGUUUUAAUUACAUCAUGAUGUUAAAACCCUUUAUCACAUCUUAAAUUGUCUGUUAUCUGAUAUGACACAAAAAAGCACAUUUUUGCUAAUGUUGCCAAACCCUAACCACUAGAGCUAACAAGUGUUUAAUUAAAUCAAGAUAUCAAUAUUAAAGAGGAAAAACCCACACACAGAUCGUUGUUUUCAGUCACCUGUGUUUUUAGUUUUUGGGUACGUUUUACUACAGUAAAUACGGAACUUAGAGCAGAGAUUUCUUGCAGGGAAUAGUCAAACCUAAUUCUCAUGGAAUGCUUGUUUCCUAGUAAAAUACCACUAAUUCAAGCCAAGUUUCUUUCUGUCAGAACAAUGCAAAUGUCAUUUCCAAGAAAGAAUGGAAGCCCCGCUCUCACAGGGGUUUAUAAGAAAGACAGUGUCUCUUGCACUUGUGAAUGUAUAAAUUACGUAUAGCUAAAUAUGAUGAUGCAUUCUCAAAUGUUACCAGCCUACUGAUCUAGGAUGAAAAAACUUGAACUAAACAUUUUUCUUCUUUUUUUACAUUCUGAUUUUUUUUUUCCGUCUCCUUUAAAAACAAGAGGUUGAAUUCAUACUGUUUGUAUAGAGACUGGUAGGAACCGAUGUGCUUUAAAAAGAAAAAAAAAAAAGUCAUCCUUUAAGAUAGAAUGUAAACACAGUUAAUUUGAAAUACGGUUUUGCCUUAAUGGUUUUAAAAAAAAAAAAAAAUAAAGUAUUUUUAAAAGUGAA